AUGGAGUCUGCGCACAACCUGGGUGCCAACUACUGGGGCGACCUCAUCAAUCCGGAUAAGAGCCCUGCGCCUCUGCUUGAGCAACUAUGUCUAGGAAUUGCACAGAUCAUGCCCUCUCUCGAACCGUCGUCUGGGAACCAGGAUCUGACACCAGAGAAACUGGCUGCUUUCUAUCGGGAAGUGGGAGGUAACUGGGAUAUGCUCUUCCUCGAAACCAGUGGCCCGGCAUUAUCAUUCAUCUAUCAGUCCUUAGGCUGUUUUCAUUCCCUCCGUCCAACUCGAAAUCCCUUCGAGGCGCCAUCUAUCCCCGCUCUAUUGCCCCAUGGCUUCGUGCGAUGGCAGACCAUUCAGAUCCUGCUGAGCCCUGACGAGCACUCUCGUUAUCUACAGAAUGCGGUGAUGCAAUGGGAUAUUCCGCACCCCAACGGGGGGUUCUUCCCCAAAAUGAUACCCCGGGAAGCCUUUCCUGCCCAUCCAGACCCUGAUAUGGUCGCAUGGCACGAGUCGGUCGGCAGACGACUAGAGGACGAUUACCAGAAGAGCAAGUCAUCACGUCAGCCUUCACCGGAAGCCUCAGCGCGCAAUUUCUAUCCCAGCUGCAAAGAUGCAAAGGCUGCUGAAGAGGACUACUUCUCCUAUAGCCAUGGUCGAUUUCCUCCUUGCCGUGGACGAUCCAAGACGGAGUCCUACGGAAACUCGUCCGGUCAUACACCUAUCCCGAGACGGAGAAGUGAAGAGACUCUCAGCCCCGGGAGUACCCUGUUCGAUUCAGAGAUAGAUAGCCCGAUAGUAGGGAAAUCAAAUACCAGAGGACCACCUCUUCGGCUUCCAACACCGCCCCCACGCGUUGCGCGCUCGAUGCUGGCGAAAGCGAAGGAGCAGGCAGCCGUGCCCGGUCGUCCGUACGGUUCGAGGCUACAGUCAGAAUCAUCCGCCUCCGAGGCAUCAUCUGAAGACUCCAUCAUGGAGGCCCGGCGCGGCUCCGCGGAUGACCGUCGAUAUGGUCGGCGACAUGAUCUCUCUCCGCCGCGCUCCUCACAUACGCGGUCUCGCUCUCACGAUGCUGCUGUUCCAGAUAAGCACCGGCGAGAUCCAUCCCCACAUUACUCUGGCCGUGCCAAGGAUCGCUUUACGUAUUAUCCUAAUCCGCAGAAAGAACCCGAUGUCUACAAACCGCCGCGACACGGGGUAAAAUCGCACAGUGACGGACAGGUACUCCCGCGAGCGACCAAAGCUCCUGAGCCCAAGUUUCGCAAAUACGUCUUCGAAGAACCGAGGAAUGGCUACCGCAUCACCACCAUUGAGCCCCCUGGGCGUCCUCGUCCAAUGCCGCGAUAUGUUGAUAUGAGCGAUUACUACACUCCGCGCUACCCCGUUGAGCCCUCUCCCGCAGAGGAGAAACGAAGGGGAAGCUACAGCGGUAGCAGCUCGAAAGAUCGGAGUAGUAGCAGUAGCGGCAACGAACGCACCAAAUCAUACAGCAAAAAUGGCUCAUCUUCCCGGAAAUGGGCAGGUUCAUCUCGCAAUAUACCCGAAAAACGGUUUAUCCCAGUAAGUGUAGCGGAAGAAUACGAACCGGUUGCAACAACCAUCCGAAGACCUGUAUACGACCCUUACGACUGA